CACGGACACUCGUUCUGGAUUAUUGCCCAAGGCGAAAUAGGCAGUAAUCUCCAGCCCCUUAGUUCCUUAAAGUUUAACUUUGACGAUCCACCAUUCCGCGACAUAAUAACACUCAAAGAACUUAGCUUAAGUGUAAUCAGGUACUACGCGGACAAUCCUGGUGUCUGGAUGCUCCAUUGUCACAUUGAAUGGCACAUUGAAUUGGGAAUGGUAGUUCAAUUGGUCGAAUUGCCAGAGAUAUUCUCGAAAUACGUUGUUCCUAAUGAUGUUCAUAGGCUUUGUACAAGUAUAUCGUAG